AUGGCCUUUUCUGCUGUGUUCUCUCCUACUCUCAACCUUGCCAUUUCUUCCACCACAUACUACUGUAAAAGAAGAAAAUCAAACACAAAAAGUGUUUCAGUGAGAGCGAGCUCCACAGAGAAGGGUGAAUCCAAGGACAAAGAUGCCCCAGCGUUCAACCCUUUUGGGUUUGUCACUGACAACCCUUCGAGCCGCAGUGCUAUUCAAUUGCCUGAAAACCCUGCUGAGGAUGGCAACGUUGGCCAAAUGCUAUAUAGGAUAGAAGACAAGGGCAAGGAAUACGGGUCAUACGUUAAAUCUGGCAAGUUAAGAUGGUUUGUGAGAGAAACUGGGUCAGCAAGUAGCAGGAGAGGAACAAUUGUCUUCCUUCAUGGUGCCCCUAUGCAAUCUUUUAGCUACCGAGUUGUUAUGUCUCAGUUGUCGGAUGCAGGUUUCCAUUGCUUUGCACCAGACUGGAUAGGAUUUGGUUUCAGUGACAAACCACAGCCAGGAUAUGGUUUUAAUUACACAGAAAAGGAGUUCCAUGAUGCAUUGGAUAAACUGCUUGAGGUGUUAGAGGUCAACUCUCCCUUUUUCCUAGUUGUUCAGGGAUUUCUUGUAGGUUCAUAUGGACUAACUUGGGCCCUGAAGAACUCAAGCAAGAUAUCAAAGCUAGCAAUACUAAACAGUCCAUUAACAGAUUCAUCUCCCAUUCCUGGACUUUUUCAGAAGCUAAGAAUUCCUCUGUAUGGUGAAUUUACAAGCCAGAAUGCUAUUAUUGCUGAGCGGUUUAUUGAAGGAGGUAGCCCUUACGUUCUGAAAAAUGAAAAGGCUGACGUGUACCGGCUACCUUAUUUGUCAAGCAGUGGACCUGGAUUUGCUCUACUUGAAGCUGCAAGAAAAGCUAACUUCAAAGGUACUUUCAGUGAAAUAGCAGGAGGAUUUGCAACUGAGAGAUGGGAUAAACCAAUACUUCUUGCUUGGGGAUUAUCAGACAAAUACUUGCCCCAGUCUGUGGCAGAGCAGUUUCAAAAAGGAAAUCCAGCACAAAUCCAGCUGAAACUGAUAGAAGGAGCAGGUCAUAUGCCACAAGAGGACUGGCCUGAGAAAGUUGUUGAGGCUUUCAGAAUGUUCUUCUGA